AUGGGCAGUAAAAAGUUGGUGGGUCCACUUUUGACAGAGAUGAUUACAUAUGACUGGAUUGUGGUUUCGGUAGACUAUCGGUUAAAGAGCAAGGCAGGAUACCCAACUCAACUGAUCGACUGCAAACGUGCUCUACGAUGGGUCAAGGAUGAGAUCCGAAUCUUUGGUGGAAAUCCUCAAAACAUCGUCGUUGCAGGUGAUUCAGCAGGAGGACAGAUAGCUCUGAUGUUAGCAACCACAGCCAACAGGCCAGAGUAUCAACCCGGAUUUGAGGAUGUGGAUACCUCAGUCAGAGGAGUCCUCGGACUAAGCCCUGUGGUCAACCUAGUGGAUGAAGGAGAUCAUUGCAACCAUAGAUCCAGGACCAGAUUCAUCAAGGAAGUUGCACUUCGGGAAGGAUCUCCUGAAUCUGAAGAAACAUGCACGGCGCCUAUUGUAUAUCUAGAAGUCCCAGGAGGCCACCAUUGCUUCCACCUGAUAUCUUCGCCACGGUCCUGGUACAUUGCGAUCACUGCAGGUCAAUGGCUCAGUUACCACUUUGAUGGCAUCAACAACAUUGAUAUCAAGAAAGACGGCAAGCAACCAAGAGCUGAGGAGCUUGUUGAAUGGGGCUGGUCUACUUAA